GUCAACCUGAACCCAUUCGUGUCGCGAAAAAUUCUGAAAAACUCAGAACUCUCCGUCUCCGCAACUCUUUACUCUCUCACGCUAACAGUGAAAAUGAUUUUGGCUGACUGAUAUUUGCCAAUCGCCACCGUGUUGUUUAUAUUAUAAUUUUAUGUACGUGUAAACCCGUGUACACUGUAGUAGUAGUCUUGUGCGCCCAGGAACCGUCCCGGGUGAUAUAUCAUUAAUAAUAAUAAGAUAAUUCUUGUAUAGUCGGUUUUUGUUUUUGUUUGUAAUAGUUUAAUUUUAAUAAUAAUAUUGUUUUUCGUAUUUAAUAUAAUUUUAUAGAUUUCGAACUUAUAUUUCUCUUUCUCUCUUUCGCUUUAUUUAUUUAUUAUCCGCCGCCGCCGCCGCCGCCGCCUCACGCUAUCAUUUCCCAGACGACAACACGGCCGUGUCGCGCGCCUCAAGCCAGUGGGUGUUAGCUGUGUGCGCGCGCGCGUGUAUCGUUCGUAAAUCGUGUGUUUGUUGGAUUUUUGUGUGUAACGCAUUGGUGCGAUAAAUCGUUUUCAAUCACAUCAAUCGACGACGACAACUACAAUCACUUUCUGAGGCCGCCAAUCGAACACCAAUGUUGUCGCAAGAAUGAGCGUUGCUGUGUGUUCAAUGUGGCUCCCAGUCAAAUGGAUAGGGACAAUGUGACUGCUAUGGAAACUGAUAAAAUAGUCGAUGACGAUAUCGGUAGUCCUCAGUAUCCACCAAUGACGAUCUUAUAUGACCCAACAAUCAAAAAAGAUUCCACAACCAAUGGUGUUGCAUCUCCACAAUUUGCCAACGAACAAGAGCUGUGUCUUAUGUACUUUGAUAAAUGGAGCGAACAGCACCAAAUCGACUUUGUCGAACACCUAUUGGCACGCAUGUGUCACUACCAACACGGACACAUAGACACAUAUCUAAAACCUAUGCUACAGAGAGACUUUAUAUCUCUCUUACCCAAAAAAGGCCUAGACCAUGUGGCCGAAAAUAUUUUAUCUUACCUCGAUGCUGAAUCUUUAUAUGCUGCUGAGUUAGUAUGUAAAGAAUGGUAUAGGGUAAUUUCAGAAGGUAUGCUUUGGAAAAAGCUAAUUGAACGUAAAGUACGUACAGAUUCAUUAUGGCGAGGGCUUGCUGAACGAAGAGGGUGGAUUCAAAACUUGUUCAAACCAAAACCAGGUGAACACCACCCAGAUCAUUUCUCCUACAGGGCUCUGUUUCCUAAAAUUAUACAAGACAUAGAAAGUAUAGAAUCAAAUUGGCGAACUGGCCAUUUUCUAUUACAAAGGAUAAAUUGCCGAUCAGAAAACUCCAAAGGUGUAUACUGUUUACAAUAUGAUGACAAUAAAAUUGUCUCAGGUUUACGUGAUAAUACCAUAAAAAUAUGGGAUAGAAAUACAUUAGAAUGUGUUAAGGUAUUAACUGGCCAUACCGGGUCAGUUUUAUGUUUGCAAUAUGACGACAAAGUGAUUGUGAGUGGUUCCAGCGAUAGUACAGUUCGUGUAUGGAAUGUUGUUACUGGUGAAAUGGUCAAUACUCUAAUACACCAUUGUGAAGCAGUCUUACAUUUAAGGUUUAGCAACAAUAUGAUGGUCACUUGUUCAAAAGAUCGAUCAAUAGCUGUAUGGGAUAUGGUGUCAGCUAGUGAAAUGACUUUGCGGCGUGUCUUAGUUGGUCACCGAGCUGCAGUAAAUGUUGUAGAUUUUGAUGAUAAAUACAUCGUAUCAGCUUCUGGAGACCGUACUAUUAAAGUAUGGAAUACAUCAAGCUGUGAGUUUGUACGUACCCUUAAUGGUCACAAACGUGGUAUUGCCUGUCUUCAAUAUAGAGAUCGAUUAGUAGUUAGUGGAAGUUCCGAUAAUACCAUCAGGUUGUGGGAUAUUGAAUAUGGUGCUUGUUUGAGAGUACUUGAGGGCCAUGAAGAACUAGUACGAUGCAUUAGAUUCGAUAGUAAAAGAAUUGUCAGUGGCGCAUAUGAUGGGAAAAUCAAAGUAUGGAAUUUAGUAGCAGCUUUAGAUCCCAGAGCGCCAGCAUCUACUUUAUGUCUACGUACACUUAUGGAGCACUCGGGACGAGUGUUUCGACUCCAGUUUGACGAGUUCCAAAUAGUCAGCUCUUCACAUGAUGAUACAAUACUUAUUUGGGACUUCCUCAACUAUAAUGAUACAAAUAAUUCAGCAGCGGGUGCAAAUGACGCCCAUCCUCCUUUACCUCCUGGUUUUGAUUAACCCAAUGGGCUAGUCAUCUGUAAUUGACUGGAUAAGGUUUGUGUAUAAUCAUAUACAGAACUCGUUUUAAAAUAUCACUAAAAGAUGGUAAAACAAUAUUCUAUCACAUCUUGUUCUCAUUUUAUUUAUAUAUAUAUAUGUAUAUUGUAUAUAUAAUAACAUUAUAUAUUUAUGUAUGUAUAAUAUAAUUAAUAACUACAAAAACGCCCAAAAUAACUGUGCCAAUGUUCAGAUGUUCUCUAUUACCCUUAUAUAUAGGUACACGUGAUGUUUCUCUUUUCAAAUACACUAUAUUUAUAUAUGCAUGUAUAUAUAAUAUAUAUAUUUGUGUAUGUGUAUGUAUGUAUAUAUAUAUAUAUAUUAUAUAAUAAAAAAUUUCUAGAAGGGCUUAAAUGCUUAAAUUUUUAAUUAAUUUUAACUGAAGGUCUGUGAUUUUUCAAUAUGAAUUUUCUAAAAGAAAUUAACCAGACAAGUGCAAUGACACUUCUAUUCUUUCCUUUUUUAAAACUUUUUCUCAAUCGUAAAUAUACAUCAUGUUUGCUUUAAAUAACAAAACAUGUUUGUAGAAUAAUUGAUUUUUUUGUAAUAAAAAAAAAAAACAAACAUACAAAAAUGGCAUCAACACUAAUAUUUGUAUAGUCCCUAUUCGAAUAAGUUUUAAAAACAAUUUUCUUUGUAUAAAAGUGAUUUUGUAUAAUUUAUAUAAUUAUUAUUAUAAAAUACAAAUUAUAUUAGAAAACAAAA